CUAGCUUCAUCUCACUCACAAAUCCCUAGCACCAUCUCACUCUAAUCUCUCAAUCUCUCAGUUGAAAUCAAACCCCAGACCCCAUUAUUCUUCCCCUCUCUCUCUCGUAUUCCUGUCUCCCUCUCACUCUAGCUCUCUUUGUCUCUGAUUCUAAGUUUCUUUCUUCUCUGUAAUCCUUCUCUCUCUCACCUUCUUUCUUCUCCGUAAUCCCUCUCUCUCUCACCCUUUCGCAUAGCUUCCAUACCCAAUAAAGCUGAAAAGAAAAGCCCCAUUUCAUUUUCUUCUUCAUAUUCCCCUAUACACUCUCAAAUCCUUAGCUCUCUCUCUCACUCUAAUCUCUCUAUCUCUCAGUUGAAAUCAAACCCCAGACCCCAUUAUUCUUCCCCUCUCUCUCGUAUUCCUGGCUCCCUCUCACUCUAGCUCUCUCUGUCUCUCUCAUUCGAAGUUCACAUACCAACUUCUAACCGAAGGAACUCGGAAUCAUCUAGCCGAAAGGUAGUGAUUCCAAGAAAGGUGGUGGUGGAGGUUCACAAGAUGGAAAGAUUGGGUCCAGCAAUGUCCUCACGAACCAGUACACAGGGUCACACGUUGCGACUUCUGUCCUUGCCAGAUUUCUUAGAUCGAUCAAUUGGCAAGCUAUUGAAGCUUAAACAAAAGAUUGCUUCAGCCACCUCAACCAUCAAAUCUGUUUUCGGCCAAGAACAGCCCAAGCAGGAUGCGACUGACAAACUAGAGCGACUAAGGGAGAGGAUGAUCAAAGUGCGGGAGCUUUUUCGGGACACUGAUUCAACAGAAUUUGUUAUUGUAACAAUUCCCACGGAUCACCAGAAAAAUCCAUGCUUAAAAAGCUUGCUAAGAGCAAGUCUUGAGAGUUUUGAAUUCAAAUGAUAUUUUGUUCGCAUUCUAACCACAGGUGAU